UUUGGUAAUCCACAUCAUCCGUCGAUGUACGUGACAGCAAAUGGAGCGCGUAAACGUCAGGCAACAAGAUUUCAACCACGCCUGUGCAAUAUACGUCACACCCCCCACUUCCAAAAAACAUUAAGGUUGGAGAAAUCACAACGUAAUCGAUGUUUUGUUUUUUUCCCCUUAUAUCCAUGGUGCAAGUGGAUAAAUUAUAAGCCCUCUUUUCUUGGUUGCUUAAGUUUUGUUUUUCGCCACUGAAAAAAUAGACAAGCAUUUGCUAGCGCGACAUGUUUGGAUGGAUCUUAUUUUUCAGUUUAGAAAAAAAAAAAUAGUUGAAUCCUCCUGAUCAGGGGUGUCAAACUCAAUUGCACAGGGGGCCACAACUCAAAGCCUACUUUAGGUUCCGUCAGUCAGAAUGGCCUUGACUCAUCACUUACACCAGGGGCGUCAAACUCGUUUUCACCAUGGGCCACAUCGCAGUUAUGGUUACCCUCAGAGGGCCACUUUUUAUCAUUCUAUUUUACAAUGUCGUUAAUUAUUACAUUAAUUUUUCAUUAAUAAAAAAAAAGUCAAUUUAUUAAAAUAUAAGGUUUCAACAAAUACAUUUAGCAAGAAAGAUUGUCUUUGACUAAGUUUUUGAUAGUAAUAUUAAUUUUGUUUUUACUUUAAUAUAUUAUUAUUUAAUGGUAAAUGUUUAUUAAAUUAUUGUAAAAAUGUUUUAAAUAUUAAAUGUUUUGAUAUUGUAAAAAUACUUUUUAUAAAUACAAAUUUUUACUUAUUUAAAUAAUUUAUAUUAAAUUAGAAAAUAUAAAAUUACAGCAACAUAUAAAAACACUAAUAUAAAUAUAAUUUUACAAUAGUAUAAAAGUAAAAUAAUGAAAAAUAAAGCUUCAAAAAGUAAAGACAAAAUAUCAACAAAAUUCCAAUAUAUAUGUCAAAUAUUUUUUUAAAUAUUAAAAUAAGUGUCCUUUUGACAUGCAUUAUUUCAAGGCUUUUGCGGGCCAUAUAAAAUGAUAUGGCGGGCCAAAUCGGGCCCUGAGUUUGACACCUGUGACUUACACAGAGGUGCGAAAUUGGUUGUUGGCCGAACUGGAUGUUACCCCCACCCAACCUCCCCAACUUUGUAUCAUUAUCAUGUAUAUUUCUGCACAUUGAAAGUAUUAAAAGCCUGAAAACCUUGUUGUCCUUUAACCAACAGAAUUGGUGAAUUUACAUAAUGUGCUUUGGGCGGUUGACAGUUUUCACACAGACUUUGCAUUUCGUGUUCUUUUGCUCAACAUCAUCUUUGUGGAACCCAAAAUAAAUCUCCCUGGGACUGCGGUCCACAAAUAUGAAUGUACGGUACACACAUACUAAGAUACAAGCUAACACAUACAGCCACAUAAACAUACCAGACUGGCAUCACGUCUCACGCGAUUACGUUACUAAUGGCCAUUUAACACACUGCGCAAGGAGAACGACCUACCACAACCCUGUCAGGGUCACGGGGAUGAGUUAUUUCUUGAAUUCAAUAAUGUUUCUCAUCGCAAUAACCCAAAAUGGAGUCGAAGAAAGUUGCAAGCGCCAGCAUUUUAACAAAGAAGGCAAGAAACACUAUUGAAUUCAAGAAAAACGUCAUGACAAAACAAGAAGAUGGUGUCCAUGUUGUGUCUCGCUGCCACAUCGUGUCUUUGAGAACAGUGAAUGAAGUCAGCCAGUCAAUGAAGCUCCUUGAAGAAGACGCUGACAGCCUUGGGGAACGCAUAGGAGAAUCCAGUGAUGACGAAGCAGCCGGCCAACACUGCCCAGCCCCAGCCACCGUCUGGUGCCUUCACCCCAGUAGGCAGGAAGAAGAUUCAUUCUGUGCAUCGGUUUCAGCAGCCUGGCGCGUUUGUUCCACAAAACAACGGCAUGAACAGAAGGGCAAGAGUGAAGGUAUCGCAAUCUACUCGUCAUAGAAGACUUCAUGAACAAAGGUACAGUGGCUACACCAGAAGAUGCAAAAUGUCUCGGAUGUUGAGUGCUGCAGCUCCAAAAUGCAGGCGGAUGGGUACAGCGGACUGGAAGACCUGGAGGCCCAGGCAGCAAAUAAGGAGAGGGAGUGGAAGGAUCUCCAGGCUAGAAGGAUUAAUCUAUUGGAGGAUUCUCUUAAAAAGGCAAAGGAGGAGUGUUUGUCUCUCAGACAACAGAAUCAGAAGCUGAAGGAGGACUUUCAGUACAACCUCACCAUCCUGGAUGAACGAGACAGAGAGCUGGAGAGAUACGAUGUCAUCACUUCCAAGGCUGUAACUGUGGAGCUCAACAGGCAGGAGGAGCUGAGUCAGCUCCGUAAUCAGGUUGCCAUGCUGGAGGCCAGAGACGCUGAGGCGAGACAGGAGCACCUUAUCAGCCAGAGCAAAUCUGCUCAACACAAGCUACAGUUGGAAGAGCUCAGACACUUUAUGACAGGUAAGAUUCAAAAGCAAAUGGAGGAACACGAGAGAGUGAAAUUGGAGUGGCAGCACAGAAUACAAGAGCUUGAAGGAGAACUAAUCCGACAUAGACAGGAGAUGACAGCAGCCAUGGACAAAGAGUUACGAGAGCGAGAACAUGAGUUCAACUUGAAGCUAGAUGAGAUGCACGCUGUGCUGCUGUCUAAGGAUCUCAAGAUGAAGCUUCUGUCGAAAGAGAAUGAAAUUCAGAGUCAGGCCAAACUGGAAACCAACGAGGUGCUCAAAGCAUCUGAGGAGGUCUUUAAGCAGUUACAAGCUCAGCUGCAACAAAAGGAGCGGGUGAUUGAUGAUGUCACCACCGUCAAAGAUGUCAGGAUAAAGGAGUUUGAGGACAAGUUGAAGCAGAUGGAGACCAAGCUGAAGAAGAAGGAGGCUGACCACAUGAAGAAAAAUAAGGACAUGAUCCAGGCUCUGAAGGAGAAGGAGAAGCAGCUGGACGCUCGCUGUCAAGCCCACACAGAGCAGCUACAGAAAGCUGAAGAGCGCCUCGUCAAACUGCAGGAAGACAUGGAGGUUACGUCUGCUCGGGCUCACUCGGCACAGAAAGACAUGCAGAUGGCCCUGGACGAGAAAGAUGACACAAUAAGAAGGCUCCGCCUGGAAGUGGAUACAAGCCGGACUGUCUGUGAGAGUUACAUGAGCCAGGCUUCCAGCGAGAUGGUCUCCAAGGAUGCAGAGUUGAUGAGCUUGCGGGAAAGCAAUCAGAAAUUUAGGGCAGAACUGGAGAGGAGCAGGGAGGAGAUAAAGAGAUACAAACAGGAUGUGAGUGCCGGUUUGAAGAGAGAGGCGGACCUGGAGCAGUCGCAAGUACAGUUGGAGUUGGAGUGGCAGAAGCGCUGUGAUGAUGCCAAGGCUAAACACUACCUCGCUAAUGAGCAGCUUAUUCAGGACUUGACCCAGGCCAGAGACCAGGCAAGGGCAGAGCUCAGUGAAAAAGAAAAAGCACUGCGAGGCCUGACUGUCUUGAUUCCUUCUGUGGAAAAGGAGCAAGACAAAGGAGUGCAGGGCCUCAUGUCAACGACCGACAUUCGAGCAUCCGAGGAGAUACGUUCCCUGAUGCAGCAGAACAGCAUGUUGCGAGAUGUGGUUUCCCAGAUGAGAAAAGACAUGGAGAAUCUUAGUGGUCUGCGACCACAUCCACAGACCACGCUUCAGGCCUCCUCUUCCGAUGCAAUGAAACCCUUCGGAGUCCCCACUGCUAUCUCCAUCGCCUCCGCAACUGAACCCCCUGCCAAGCACUCUGACAUCUCUGCCAACACCGCCCCAGCAGAUUUAUCAGACUACACUGAGGCUCUGAAGCAGGAGGUGAGCCUGUUGAAGGCUCAAUGCAGACAACUUGAGAAGAAGCUGCAAGGUGCUUCAGGGCUAUUGAGCCAAGUUCCUGCCCACACAUCUUUAGACAAACCACAUCCACAUGACCGGGAAACGAAGACAGGUCUGUGUCUGGAGAAACAUUCAGACUCCACUUUUUUGAGGAAGCGGGUGGUGGGAGGGCCACAUGCUAACACCACGGAUCAGCUCCAGGAUGAGAACCUCCACUUGUGGCGGCAGCAGCAGCAGCAGCUCACCUCAUCUCUGAUGGCUGGCGCUGCAUGUGGGAAUGUUGAGAGUAUUGGAAGGAACGUUACCCUGGUGCACAGCAGACUGAAGCAGGCAGUGGCUUACAUUGCCCAUCUGAGCAGGGAGAAGCAACAGCUAAUCCAGAUGGGCAACUGCCUUCGUGCCCGCAUCACCACUGCAGGACAGGAUUCAGUUGAAGAAAAAGGAGAUUGUGUUCCAGUGGAAGAAGGACAUCAACAUGAUCGACUUUCUGCUCUGGAGCAACUACAGUACAAGCUCACCACACAGGAGCUUCAGUAUGCUGUAAGACAAACGGCUUGCAGGGUUUCUGAGAGCGCAGGUCCUCCCGUAAAAGGAGAUGACAACCUUUGGUCCAGAGGGCCCAACACCUCUGAUGAGCCCGGGACAUCUAAAAUGUCAGACAAAAGUCCUGCGGUCGGCCACCUACAGAACUCGUUGGAGGUGAAGAUGCAGUCUGGUUCGGAGGACUCUCUCCCAUCGUUGAAAGAGAUUUGGGAAAUACUAGACCGUGGACUCAGCUCAUCCUUCCACUCAGAGGGUGAAAGUGAGCUGAACAGGACCGGCGCGACUAAGCCCGGCAGUGCUGGAGUCAUGGUUGCUGGUACCAGAGCUCCCAUCCACAGACGUCCCCCAGCCGAGCUCCAGCAGAUGAAGAAGCCUUCCAAAGCACCGACAAGCCCUCAGAAGAACUUGAGACAUGAAGCCCCUGAUAAAAUCAGCAGGAUCAGGAACUAUAAUGUUAAAGACUGACGUACAGUACUGUAUAUACUGUACAUACAGUAAGUACAUCAUUGUGUCAUCCGUCUGGCAGCUGGUUUGAGGUGAAGUUGAAGAAUUUGGCGGUAGUCCUCCUUCAUGAUUCCAUUCACUUGGUGCAGUGCACCAGUACCAAUUGCGGCAAAACACCCCCAGAACAUGAUGCUGCCACCACCUUCAUUGACAGUUGGUAGAGUGUUCUUAAGGUUUGAAAGGGUUAUGGCUCAUUCUUUGUCUCCUCUGACCACCUAACCUU